GUGAGUGAGUGUGAAACAAUGGUAUAUAUCUCUGGUCCUUUUUACGCAGCAGAGAUCAGACGAGAAUAGCCGGCAGCCAGAAGAGUCGUCGGCGAUGGACGAGAAGAAGAAGGACCUGCUCCGGAAGCUGACGAUCAUCUCGAUCCCGUUCGUGUUCGUGGCGAUCCCGUCGGUGGUGAUCAUCGUGGGCAUGCUGUCCCCGCACGCGGCGGAGCCGCAGGAGGGCUCGGGGCCGGCGCCGCCGGGGCAGAACCACUCGCUGUCGAUGCUGAGCACCAUGACGGGGGGCCAGAUGAUCCUCAGCUGCCGCGCCGCCUUCUCCGGCAACUGGGAGUACUUCCACUACUUCAUCCUCGACCCGUACAAGCCCCAGCAGGCCUUCUUCCAGCCGCAGGCCGACCCCUACGUCAUCUUCUGCAAGUGGGGGUACAUGGGCAACUUCCUCCAGGACGUGGUGGUCUUCAACAGCUGCGCCACCUGGGCGGCCGAGUGCCGCGUCGACAACGGCGGCUGCCGCUACCUGUUCCAGGACGGCCACAUGUUCCUCGUCACCGGGAAGCACGGCGGCGGCGGCCCCGCGCCCAAGGCGAAGGUGGCGGCGGAGACGCUGGGGCCGGUGGCGGCGCCGGGUCCAGGCCAGGGUCCUACGGCGGCGCCGGGUCCGGGCCGGGGUCCGGCUCCGCCUCCGGCUGCGCCGCCGCCGGAGCUGGAGCUGCCUCCGGACGCGCCGCGGCAGGUGCGGGAGAAGAAGCUGGUCGGGGACGUGGUGCUCAGGGAGUGCCAGCACGUGCUCGGGCUCUUCCCCACCAUGUGCCGGAAGAAACCGCACCGCCACGAGUACGUCGGCAAGAUCAUCGGCCGGUGGCGGUGGUGGUUCAACUACUAGCCCAGCUAGCAGAUUGCCGCCGA